AUGUCACUGCGGCGUAGUGUGGAGCGAUUUAUGUCGCGCGCCUACUCGCGCAAGGGCGUGGCGUCAGGGCUGCUCUUUUGGACCGUUUUGGCUCUCGUCCUCGCCGGCACAUUCGUCGUCUCCAACAUUCCGCUGGGUCUUUACACGCCGACAAUUGGCUUCCAGGAUAGAAAGCACCGCGUGCCUCCGCCGCAGAGUAUCCCGUCCACACCCCGCAUCCCAGCCGGCGAUGGCAUCUUGCGUGCGCAUAACCAACGCAUCAUCGCCAUCGGGGACCUGAACGGUGACAUUGACCGCCUACGCAACAUCCUGCGUGCUGCAAAUGUGCUAGUGAAGGAUGAGGACACCUGGCGGGAGGGGUGCACCGAUGUUGUGGUGCAGCUGGGCAACGUCGUGGGCCAUGGUCCCGAUGUUCCACAGAUGAUGCAGCUACUUUCGGAGCUCAAGCCCCAGGCUCUCGCCUCUGGUGGUCGCCUCAUUACACUGAGUGGAGACCACGAGCUGCUCGCCCUUUCCGGGGCCGUGGAAAACGCGCAUCCGCGGCUACUGAACCUGUCCGCCGGCAGUGUCGGUUUACGCUACCUCUACGGCCCUGACGGACGCUACGGGCGCAUGAUGAUCGAGGAGAACUUAGCUGUGGCGGUAGUCUCGGACAUCGUGUUCGUGCAUGGUGGGCUGACCGCCGUACAUGGCCGUCUCGGUGUCGACCAACUCAAUGCCGCGUGGUUUGAGGGGGCUUCGUCGACGAGCUUGGCGAAGAACCCCUUUCAUGACAAACAAAGCCCGUUGUGGGACAGCAGUAUCGUGCAAGCGGCCAUGAGCGGCGACUGUGGUCCUCUCUCUGCCGGCAUCGCGGCACUUAAGAGAAAGGAGAGGAUUGACAUCAAUUUAAUGGUGGUGGGCCACACACCCAUGAAGGGCGGGAUGGUUGGCACCUGGUGUGCCGGCAAGCUCAUGACGAUCGACGUCUCCAUGAGCCGCUACGUCAAGAGUGGCGGCUAUGAGGCGUUCCUCAGCUUCCAUCCCAUGGUGAAAAGGAUUAAGGGGAGGCGGAGCAUUCUAGACACCAAAGAGCGCCUUCAAAUUCACUACCCACUCGGCGCCGGCGUGUCUGUGAAGCUCAAUAUUACAGAGGCUUAA